CGGAGUUGGCGGAGGCUCCUCAGGGGACUAGGGGACCGAUCUGCGUAGAAGCGGGUGGCGGGGAAGAGAGGGGAGGAGACCUCUGAGUGGGAAGCGGAGCCGGGGGCCUGGGACCCGUCGCGUCAGAGCCAGGCAAGUGAACCGGAGCAAACGACUUCCGAUCCAGUCCGCGCUGCUGCGGCUCCCGUUUGGGAUUUGAUUUGCAGCAUCUUCGAGCCUGUGCAACAAAAAACCGCGAAGCACGCCCAGCCCUCCCCCGGCACCCCGAUACGCACCCACUCCCUCCCGGGGACACAGCUGGGCGCGUCCACACCCGGCACCCCCACACCAUGUUGUGCGGAAGGACUUCCACUCCCCGCCUGUGUCGUUGAUGUCAGACCCCAGGCCAGCCUCCGGGCGCUGCAGUUCUCCCGGCUAAUGCUGAGGCUGCGGCUCCGGCUCUAGCACGGGAACCAGCCGCCGCCGCGCCCGGCCCCAGCGCCCACCGUCUGCAUGUGCCCGCCGUAGCCGCCUGCCCAGCCCGCAGCCCGCGCUCCCCGGAGCGCUGGAGACCACCGCGGGGGGCCCCUUCUGCCCGCGGGAGAAGCAGCCUUGGAGGUAUUGAUUUUGGUGGUUGGAUUUUUCCCGUGGAUCUAUCAAUUCACAAUUCGAAUUUGGAAGAAAGAAGGAAAACAUGACGUCUCCAGCCAAAUUCAAAAAGGAUAAGGAGAUCAUAGCAGAGUACGAUACUCAGGUCAAAGAGAUCCGCGCUCAGCUCACAGAGCAGAUGAAAUGCCUGGACCAGCAGUGUGAGCUCCGGGUGCAGCUGUUGCAGGACCUCCAGGACUUCUUCCGGAAGAAGGCAGAGAUCGAGAUGGACUACUCCCGCAACCUGGAGAAGCUGGCAGAACGCUUCCUGGCCAAGACGCGGAGCACCAAGGACCAGCAAUUCAAGAAGGAUCAGAAUGUUCUCUCUCCAGUCAACUGCUGGAAUCUCCUCUUAAACCAGGUGAAGCGGGAGAGCAGGGACCACACCACCCUGAGUGACAUCUACCUGAAUAAUAUCAUUCCUCGAUUUGUCCAAGUCAGCGAGGACUCAGGAAGACUCUUUAAAAAGAGUAAAGAAGUCGGCCAGCAGCUCCAAGAUGAUUUGAUGAAGGUCCUGAAUGAGCUCUACUCGGUCAUGAAGACAUAUCACAUGUACAAUGCCGACAGCAUCAGUGCUCAGAGCAAGCUAAAGGAGGCGGAGAAGCAGGAGGAGAAGCAAAUUGGCAAAUCAGUAAAGCAGGAGGACCGGCAGACCCCGCGCUCCCCCGACUCCACGUCCAACGUCCGCAUUGAGGAGAAGCAUGUCCGGAGGAGCUCAGUGAAGAAGAUUGAGAAGAUGAAGGAGAAGCGCCAAGCCAAGUACACGGAGAAUAAACUGAAGGCCAUUAAAGCCCGGAAUGAGUACUUACUGGCUUUGGAGGCAACCAACGCAUCUGUCUUCAAGUACUACAUCCACGACCUGUCCGACCUUAUUGAUCAGUGUUGUGACUUGGGCUACCACGCUAGCUUGAACCGGGCGCUACGCACCUUCCUCUCUGCUGAGUUGAAUCUGGAGCAGUCCAAACACGAGGGUCUGGACGCCAUCGAGAAUGCUGUAGAAAACCUGGAUGCCACCAGUGACAAGCAGCGCCUCAUGGAGAUGUACAACAGUGUCUUCUGCCCACCUAUGAAGUUUGAGUUCCAGCCCCACAUGGGGGACAUGGCUUCCCAGCUCUGUGCCCAGCAGCCUGUCCAGAGUGAGCUGGUCCAGAGAUGCCAACAACUGCAGUCUCGCUUAUCCACCCUGAAGAUUGAGAAUGAAGAGGUAAAGAAGACAAUGGAGGCCACUCUGCAGACCAUCCAGGACAUUGUGACUGUCGAGGAUUUUGACGUGUCUGACUGCUUCCAGUACAGCAACUCCAUGGAGUCCGUCAAGUCCACGGUCUCAGAAACCUUCAUGAGCAAGCCCAGCAUCGCCAAGAGGAGAGCCAACCAGCAAGAGACAGAGCAGUUCUAUUUCACGAAAAUGAAGGAAUACCUGGAGGGCAGGAACCUCAUCACCAAGCUGCAAGCCAAGCAUGACCUUCUCCAGAAAACCCUGGGAGAAAGUCAGCGGACAGAUUGCAGUCUGGCCAGGCGUAGCUCAACCGUAAAGAAGCAGGAUUCCAGCCAGGCAAUUCCUCUGGUGGUAGAAAGCUGUAUCCGGUUUAUCAGCAGACAUGGGCUGCAGCAUGAAGGAAUUUUCCGCGUGUCAGGAUCCCAGGUAGAAGUGAAUGACAUCAAAAACGCCUUUGAGAGAGGAGAGGACCCCCUGGCUGGGGACCAGAAUGACCAUGACUUAGACUCCAUAGCCGGCGUCCUGAAGCUUUACUUCCGGGGGCUGGAACACCCUCUCUUCCCCAAGGACAUCUUCCGUGACCUGAUGGCCUGCGUCACAAUGGACAACCUGCAGGAGAGAGCUCUGCACAUCCGGAAGGUCCUCCUGGUCCUGCCCAAAACCACUCUGAUCAUCAUGAGAUACCUCUUUGCCUUCCUCAGUCAUGCCUCCUCUGAUGCUGUCCUCCGGGCGUUCAUGCGAGUGCUUUCCAGCUUGCCCUUUCCCUUCUCCUCCAGUUUAUCACAGUUCAGUGAAGAGAACAUGAUGGACCCCUACAACCUCGCCAUCUGCUUCGGGCCCUCGCUGAUGUCGGUGCCGGAGGGCCAUGACCAGGUGUCCUGCCAAACCCACGUGAACGAGCUGAUCAAAACCAUCAUCAUCCAGCAUGAGCACGUCUUCCCAAACCCCAGGGAGCUGGAGGGCCCCAUCUAUAGCAGAGGAGGAAGCACGGAGGAUUACUGUGACAGCCCACAUGGAGAGACUGCCUCGGCUGAAGACUCCGCCCAGGAUGCGACUGCAGAGCACCACACCAGCGACGACGAGUGCGAGCCCAUCGAGGCCAUCGCCAAGUUUGACUACGUGGGUCGGACAGCCCGAGAGCUGUCCUUCAAGAAGGGGGCGUCCCUGCUGCUCUACCAGCGGGCUUCCGACGACUGGUGGGAAGGCCGGCACAACGGCAUCGACGGGCUCAUCCCCCAUCAGUACAUCGUGGUCCAAGACACCGAGGACGGUGUCGUGGAGAGGUCCAGCCCCAAGUCUGAGAUUGAGGUCAUUUCUGAGCCACCUGAAGAAAAGGUGACAGCCAGAGCGGGGGCCAGCUGUCCCAGUGGGGGUCAUGUAGCCGAUAUUUAUCUUGCAAACAUCAACAACACCUUACAUCUUGAGAACUCAAAGCCCACGAUCACCAAGCAGAGGAAGCGGCCAGAAUCUGGGAGCAUCCGGAAAACAUUUCGGAGUGACAGCCAUGGGCUGAGCAGUUCCCUGACUGACCCCGCCUCCCCGGGGGUGGGGGCUGGCUGCCGCCCGUCUUCCCAGCCCAUCAUGAGCCAGAGUCUCCCCAAGGAAGGGCCAGAUAAGUGUUCCAUCAGUGGGCAUGGGAGCCUCAACUCCAUCAGCCGCCACUCGUCCCUAAAGAAUCGGCUGGACAGUCCCCAGAUCCGGAAGACAGUGACAGCAGGAAGGUCGAAAAGCUUCAAUAACCAUCGGCCCAUGGACCCUGAGGUCAUUGCACAGGAUAUUGAGGCAACUAUGAACUCUGCCCUGAACGAGCUGCGGGAGCUAGAGCGGCAGAGCAGUGUCAAGCACACCCCUGAUGUGGUUUUGGACACCUUGGAGCCCCUCAAAACCUCCCCAGUGGUGGCCCCCACAUCGGAGCCCUCCAGCCCCCUGCACACCCAGCUCCUCAAGGACCCCGAGCCCGCCUUCCAGCGCAGUGCCAGUACUGCUGGGGACAUCGCCUGCGCCUUCCGGCCUGUCAAGUCUGUCAAGGUGGCUGCCCCCGUCAAGCCACCAGCCACACGACCCAAGCCCACUGUCUUCCCCAAAACAAAUGCCACUAGCCCCGGUGUCAACUCAUCGGCUUCCCCACAGCCCACUGACAAGUCUUGUACUGUCUGAGGGAUGUAAUUUAAUUGUUCUAGACAGAGGACUGGAGGGACCCUUAUUAAAAUCUUCCUAUUUAACUAGCUUGGGGACUUCAGUUGAAAAGUAGAUUCUAAGUUGUUCUUGCAGGAAUUAGCCUUCCUAUCACCCAAACCUUGAGAAUGAAGCCCUCAUUAUCAGCCCGGCCUGCCCUUCCCGCUGCCCUCUGCUUCUCCCAGUCGUCGUCGUAAUCCAGCCAGCUGCAGUACAUACUGUUCUUAGGUUAGCCAGAGAUAAGACUUCUUCCAUUAUCAGGUCACUGUGAAAUCUGGCGAGGCGAGUCGUGAGGACGUGGCUCGAGUCCCAGUCCCCUCAGGCACAGGGGGCGCCUGACCAGAUGGUGGGUUGGCUACUGACAUCCAGCUCUCAGUGGCAUCUUGUUUUGGGUACUGAUUUAUAGAGGAUCAUGUAUAGUCCAUUCUUCAUUUUACACACACACACAGGUAGGUUUUCUAGUCUGGCAUGUGUAGCCUCUCCUGGUCGUAGACCAAUCUCUUUGUAAGUUAUUGUGGCGGUUCACACAGGAGCCACCAGGGGUCUCUGUUUCUGUUCCUAACCUUGAUCUGUCUGGGCCAGAGAACCUAGCCUUUGAAAUCUCUCCGUCAUGUGAAAUUUAGCAGGACGAGACUGAUCCUGUAAUCUGUUUGGGGGUGGGGGCUUCUCUCUGUCUUCUUUCUCUUGGUGUGAAUUGGUCAUUGGUGUCUGCUUUUGCCCCCCUCUGUCCUCUAGAACUACAACCCAGUCUUAUUAUGGACCUUCUAAAGUUUUUCUGAAUGUAUAGACAUUUCUCGGGUUCCUAUCUUAUCUUUUUGUCUCUGACGGACUAUUUUCCAUUUAUGACAUUUUCGUAUAUAAGACAGUUUUAUAGCUGGUUCCUUUUAUGGUCUAGAGUCUUAAGAGAGUUUUAUUGUGUUUAUGGCAGGUUUGGAAAAGGUAAGAAAUGGGUCCUUCUUCCUCCUACUUUUUUGGGCACUUAAGACAUAAAAUUCAUUAUUCUAUUAAAAAAUUCAGCUUUGCUAACCCUGAAAUUGUUUCCAAAUGAAAACUUGUCCUAAGUUCACCCCCUCGUUUGGGUAUUCUACAAGUUCUCUCUUCAGGGACCAACAGGGGCUUGCAGAGUCCUAGUUAGAUUAAAGAGAGACCUUGCCCCUUAAAACAGUUUUUAUUUAUCCAAACAAGGACAAAUAAGAGAACUUUGGCUCCACGGGCUCUAAAGUCCAAGGCUGGAAUCUAAGAAAAUAAAAAAUCAGAUGCUGAAUGUUUUGGCCUUCCUUUGGCCUUUUUUCUGAUUCCCCUCCCAAAAGCAAAAAUGAUACCCUUAUCUGCUUUAAUCCACCCUCCAAAUCUGGUGCCUGUGGUCCCAGCUCCCUAGCAUCACGCUGUCCCGGGAGUGCCAGGGCUGGGGACAGUCACAUCAGGCUCGUGGUCUCAGACAGCUACUUGAGUAAAAGCUGAAACUCAUUCCUCUCCUCUGUUUUCUGGUUUUAAAGCUGCACUUUUCGCCUUAUUUUUUCCACAGUUCAGGAGAGAUGUUGAGUUGCCAUUCAGAUAGGAAAGUUUGAAUUUUCUUAUCUUUGGCCUAGAAGAUUCUUUUUGGCCCAACAUUGUGAAGUUAGUAGUUGGCUCUAUGGAAGGUGGUAGGAUUUUGCUCAUUCUGUGUGAAGGAAAAGAGGAGCUUUGUGGGAAAUCACUAAUUCAAAAGAUAACCUGCAACGCCAGGAAAACCGUGCCAAGAGCUGGAAGGGAGAAUUGAAGACUCUUUCAGAGAAGUGAGUCAGCCUGGGAGAGGCACCCACAGGCCUCGGGGUCCUUGGCUCCUGUUGCUCUGUGUAGUGGCCUGUCCCUGUCUGUCACCUGGAUUUAUGCAGGUCCUGAGCCAACAGAGGGCCUUCAUAGCCAAGGAUAUGUUUCCUUGCUGAAAAUGGACACCCACCCUUCAUGUUACAUUCCUUUUGAUCCAAGUGAUCAAAAUUGGUCCCCGUGCCUGCCCUUUUCCCCCUCCAGCACACUCCUCUAAGAAAAUAAGAGCCAAGCUUUCAUAAUCACAACACUUUGGGCCUAUUCUGUUGCUCCUGCCUUAUUUCUCUUUCAGCCCCGUACAUGACUGUGUUCACCGUCCCCUCAGUCAGUCUCCAUCCGCUGAUUUGCAUCAUGAACUGGACAGUGUGUGAAUGGUCAUCUGCUCCCCUGGCCCUGGGAGCCAAGUUGUCUUCCCCUCUCUGGUGCUCCUGACACCUGUGAGGUGGUCCUGUCGAGGACUGGGGACCCAGAGGAGGAGAGGCCUCGGCAGAGCUCACUGCAGUCAAUUGGAAUCGAGGUCGCACACUGUGAUUUUUACACCGAAAAGCCAGAAGGAGCUGGCCCCCCGGGGCCUCGGGAAACCAGCCCCUCCUCAGAUAUCUUGCCUCAACCAGCAUGAUGCUUCCAGAGCCCCACUCUGCCCCGUGAGGCACGGAUCCUUUUCCUAGUGUGGACUCUGAGGGAUCAGUCUUUGGGGAACAGAGGUGGGGUGGAGCUACCAGCAUCCCAACUUGGAAAAGAGAGGAGUUAGCAGCCAGCAGCCUGUAAACUGGAAACGCUGGUCUCAGCCAGCCUCCUCAGGGCAUCCUGGUUUCUCCCCAAGGAGAUGAGGAGAGAUGACGCCAGCAGCGGGAUGAACAGACCACGGGAAGGGCUGGCGUAUGUGUACUUCCCAUCAGAAGAUAAGUUAGAUCUUCCAGGGAAUUGCGAUGUUGUGGCGUCUGACUUGUAUGUCAUGUUUGUGUAAAACGGUAUAUUCUCUAAACUAGUGUUGAUAACUGGAAUAUCGUAUGUAUGCUUGGAGAUGCUUUGUGUGAACCUAAGACUGUCACUCAACAGAUGUUGGAUUGGGGAAAAUCCAAAGCACAACUUCGAAAUAAAAGACGUUUUUAGGUUUCGA